UAACUUGAUUCUGACAGCAACUCUAGAGACCUUAGUCGCACUGCUGUCAAUGCCUUCGCGCGAUGCCAGGGUUGCUGCUCCGCGUCACGGCGAUAGGCUCCUCGUCCAGAAGCCAGCCCACAGAAAAUAAAGGGACGAAGCUUUAUGGGACUUUCAGCAGCGCAUUGAGCGCAGCAGUCUCUCACCUGACGAGACAACGUUGUCUUGGUUUGUGACUAGUUCUUGGAUUUCACUUUUAGUUGUAUUUUUGGUGCAUGUUUUUAAUAAGCGAGCAAUCAUGAAUCAUUUUAACCCCCAAGUGGAAGCAUGCCCAUCCUCAAGAACCUCCCAGCGCGGCUGAAGGGAGGCAGCAGGGUGAACGGGGAGUUGGAGAACACGCGUGGCGAGCUGAUCCUUCGCAAGAUGAGCCUGAAGCUGAGCCCCUUUGAGGUGCCCAGUGACAAUGAGGAAUGGGCUCAGGCACACUCACUCCUGGACGGGGGCACACCACGAGACCGUAACCCCUUCGAGGACGAGGAGGAUGAGAAUGAGGCGAACGAGGAGAGACGUGGCGGCUCAGGGAGGAGUUCGUUCAAGGGCACCCUGGACCGGAUCCGUGGCGUCUCCCCACUAAAGACUCUGGGCAAGCUGGGCAAGGGGCUCCGUAUGUCAGGACGCAGUAAGGGCACUGCCACCCCUUCCCCUCAGGGGUCCGUUGCAAGCACCCCCACCUCAGAGAAGAAGAAGAAGGGCCGACGGAGCUCAGAGGGAAGCUUACUCAGAUUUGCAGGGAAGUGCAGGGAGAGCCUUCGCAAGGAAAGCCUGCCCAACGGGGAGCUGUGCUCAGAGAGCGAGGGGGGCGACUCUUCCAGCCGACGGCUCUCCUUCAUGAAGAUGGUGGGCCUGGGCAAGCUGAAUAGGGGGUCCAUGGCCGACCACUCGUCUCAUGAAGAGGAGGUGGUGGAGGAGGAAGUGGUGGAGGAGGUGAAGCCAAGGGAGCCCCUCUCAGUUCUAGAAAUUCUGCAGCUGGUGACUAAGAGAGACCUGUUCCUGGCUGACACACACAUCCUGGAGCUGGAGCAGGAGUGUAACGAGGCGGCCGCAGCGACCCUGCCCUCAUCGCCAGUAGGCGGUGCUGUCCCAGAGGACCUCAACAGCCCCGGGAGCAAAGACGGCGGCAGGCGCAAAGCCAAAGACGUGGAGCUGCUGUACGAAGCCCUGCAGAAGGAGCUGUGGGCGGUGGUGCGUGAGUCGCUGCGCUCCCCCACGGCGGGGCCCAACCUGGGGCUGGUGGUGCAGGUGCUGCAGCAGGAGGAGCAGGCGGACCGGGACUGGGCGCAGGGUGAGGGGGCACUCCCCGGAGGCCCCAGACCCAGGCAGCUGAAGCAGCGGUGGAAGGAGGCGGUGGCGGAGGCAGCAAACGGGAGCCUUCCCCAGAGGAACGAGGCCCGGGGCGGGGAGCUGGCGGACUACCUGGACAGGGUGCGGACCCGGGUGGUGGAGGACCUGGGGGCGGCCAAGAGGAACGUGGUGCCAGUGUACCCAGAGGAGUAUGAACCCUUCCAGGUGUACCUACAGAGCUACCACCAGGCGGUGGCCCGCAGACUGCAGAGCAUCACUGACGACCAGCUGCUGAUCACAGAUAUCUACUCUCUGCUGGACUGGCUCUACAACAUCUAUAACAAGGACGUCCUUGGAACAGUCAGCAUGACGACGCCCUUCAGCAGGUCCCAGCUGGGGCCGUUGUUGCCCUCGGAGACCGUGGACAAACUGGAGCUGGACUGUCUCAACUCUGUCAGGGAGAAGGUGACCACGGAGCUGUCUCAGGUGCUGGAUGAGGAGGAGAAGCGUUGGAUGGAGACGCUGCACAUCGAGGAGUAUCAGAUCACGCUGGCUCGCACCGUCAUCCAGAGGCUGCAGGUAGAUCUCGAGCAGUCAGCUGCCAUCAACAGAAACCUGGGUUCCCUUGUGGCUCAGUGCAGUCUGAAUGGUCUGGCCGACUUCCUGUACAGCUUCCAAAGGAAAGUGGAGAUGUUCCACGAGUGUCUGGUCAACAUGGUUGGGGAUAACGAGGAUGGAUAUGUCUCCAAGACCAUCGCCCUGGUCAACUGCUGUCCCCCUUUCAGGGGUUUUGUCCAGCGCUGUGUGCAGUGUGACCCUGCCAUCAAUGAGGACUCAGCCAGGCGAGCAAACACUUCCCUGGACAGAAUAGCCAACCAGGGAGUGAAGGUGCUGAGUGACAGACUGUAUGAGCGUAUAAGGCCCUUCUUUGAGAAGCUGGUGAAGAGGAAGUGGCUGAACAACACAGAGAGCUAUGAGCAAAUCGAGUCCCAUAUUAAGGAACACUUCAAGAAGUUCCGCAGGAUGGACAGCCCACCCUAUCAGGUCCUGGUGGGAGAGGUGCAUAGACGGGUUCUGAUGGAAUACCUGCGCUCCCUCAUGAGGGGGAGGAUCAUCUGCACGUCACUCAGAAUGAGGAAGAGGAUGGCUGGACGACUGCGUGACGAGGGCAAGCAGGUCAAAGUGCUCUUCAAAGAUCUGGAAUCUCCCUCCUCCUGGCUGGACAGUGCUAUCCCACACCUCUCUGAGAUCAUCCUCCUGGAAGACAUCCCCUCCAUCCAAAUGGAGGUGGGGGUCCUGGUGAGGGAGUUCCCAGACAUUCGGAAGAAACAUGUGUCGGCCAUCUUGAACAUCCGUGGGAUGACUCAGCAGACGGAGCGCCAGGAGAUCCUGAACAUCGUGAAGGACAUUGAGAACAGUGACACCCUGACACGGCUGACUCGCGACCGCGCCCUCUUCUCCGAGGUGCCCGUCACAUCCGAGAUGCACUGCCUGAACUUGGGCCUGAGCCGUAUCGCCCUCACCGCCUCCUCCUGCUUCUCCAGACUGAGACGGCGGCGUACCAAGCGAGCCCCGGUCAGAGAGGCGUACGACGACAUGCUCUAACGGCACUAACUGCUCUGGAAACGUUCUGAUGACUCAAGCAGACAGACAGCAGCUCAACAGCAAGUCACAAUGGAGCUCGUUGUCAAGUUCUGCACAAGGAAAGAAUAGCCAUGUUGUGACCUUUCACCCUUCACAGCCACCUUGGUAGAGAAAGUAUGAUGACUGUUUCCAUUGUGAGCGAUAUGCCUAGUCCUUGCAAGACUGGGAAAGAGCUUUCAUAAGUGCAACCAUAUGGAGAAAAAUAUGAAAAUACCCAUUUAAGAGGACUUUUGGACUUGAACCCCUGUGGGUUGUUGGUAUUGACUCCUUUUGACAAAGGGCAGUGGAAAGAGACACAAGCAACCUAUUGGACAAGAUUCUUCAUACUGCACCUAGGUGACUAUGAGGGCUAGAUAGGAACUGUGGUUUAAAUCAGUUCUACUGAUCAAGAGCACUGUUUGGAAUAAAUCAAAAUGUCACACACAAUCCCAUAACGUGCUGACAUUGAUAUGGGUAAGGUUGGAGUCCGUUUUGUAGUUGCACAUGAUAAAAGCUCGAUCUAAGGUACUACACCAUUUUUAUUAUCUGUCAUCUCAGUGGUGAUUUUCAUUGUAUUUAAAAUAAUGAUUCAUAGUUUAUUUUCAUUUUGUGAUAUACAGUAUAUGGGGUAAUGUAUGUUGAGCAACUCAAGAGAUGAUUGAAGCCUGUGUGAGUGUAUGAAAUCAUAACUGCCUAUUUAUGUACCAACCAAUGAAUUUAUUUAUUAUGGCUGCUUGUAAUCAAUGUCAAACUGUAAAUCCCAGUCUAAUUAAUGUAUGAUCAUUCCAAGCUUGGGAUUUGUCAAAUGCUGAGACCCUGACUAAAAUAAUUCGACAGCCAUCAUUGAAGAUGAACAUAAAGAUUAUUUUCAGAUGUGUACUUUUACCUAUGUAAAUUAAACAAUGAAUAAUUACUGUUCUUCAUGAUUGUUGAUAACAAAUAUUUGAAUCCUCAGAUAAUUUGACUGAUACUUGCACUUUUUAAUAUAAAAUAAAAAAUCAUCAUUUAAAAAAAAUCAACAAGCAGACAUUUUGGACUGAAACUUCAACUGUUUUUUUGGUCACACACUGAUUUAAAACGUUUCAUCUGUUCACCUGAUGUUCCAUAAUUAAACAUCUGGAUGUAAUGAUCUAUCUGCUUUGAAAUCGUACAUAAAUCAUCUAAUUAAAUGAGAAUAAACGACAAC